CUCGGCCCAGCCCUCUCCCCGCGCCGGGCCCAUGGCCAAGCGGCGUGCGGCCGAGCCGCUGGCCUUUCACGUGCCGUGGAAGAGACCCUUCUACGACCUGUCGGCCCCGGAGGAGCAGCCGCCGCCGGCGGCCCCGCUCUGGCUCCCGCCGCAUCCAGAGCUGUCCCGAAAGCGCAGGAUCGACGCGGGAGCCAUGGCAGACCCUUCGGCCUCUCCCAACAAGCGCCGCGACAGCGGGGACGGCAGCGGCCCGGGCGACGGCGAGGAGGAGCCUGAGGACCGGAGCCUGGAGCCCGGCGAGCCGUCGCCGCUGCGGCCGGCCCCGGAGGAGGAGCCCUGCCCUGCCCGGCCCCUUCGGGGCGGCGGCGGCGACGACGGGGCGGGCCGCGCAGGGUCCCCUCGCGGAGCCUGGGGGGCCGCGGCGCUGCAGCACAGUGAAGACUUUUGGCAGUAUAAUACCUUCCAGUAUUGGAGGACUCCUCUGCCGCCUGUGGAGCUGGCAGAUAUCACGGACGCGAGUGAAGCUCGCCUGGCGGAAGCGGCCAGCCAGGACAGGGACGGCGCGGCCGAGGUCGACAUGGAGUCCUGACACAGGAGCGGAACGGAACUGGGGAAUUCAUGUGUUCUUAAGGACAUUUUUUUCCAUGCUCAAUAUGAUGUUUCCGAACUUGAAAAAUGAGAAGUUGUUUUGAAGAUACAAUGCUUGCCGUUACUACUGAACUUCCCGACAUGGAUUUGUCAGAGACAACAUGCUGUCAUAUGUGUAUUGUUACAAGAAGAGUUUGUUUGGAUUCUGAAGCUAUUGAUCUUAUGUAAAGAAUUCUGGCAGUUUUAGCAAUAUAUGUAGGAAGCAUUCAAAUAUUGAAUUGUUUUUAUAACUUAUUAAUAAAGUACUUUCUAAUGCA